CCACAGGCCAGAUCAGGGUACUGCGCAUGCGCCGAGUACCCCGGAUAGGAGAGGAACAGCGACCUCUGCUGGACGGAUGAGGGAGUUUUGAAAACAACUACCACAGAGGAGUUUAUGAAGAGGAUUCACAGUUUCAUUGUGCUUUAUAUUCAGGCCAAGUAUUAGACACGUUAAUAAUUCUACUGCACCAUAAAAAGGACAUUUUACAGCAGUUAUUAUGUUACAUUCAACUUUAGAUAAGAUGUUCCUUUAUUGAUCCCUGUAGAUAGAUAGAUAGAUAGAUAGAUAGAUAGAUAGAUAGAUAGAUAGAUAGAUAGAUAGAUAGAUAGAUAGAUAGAUAGACUUAGACUUAGACUUUAUUGAUCCCUAUAGAUAGAUAGAUAGAUAGAUAGAUAGAUAGAUAGAUAGAUAGAUAGAUAGAUAGAUAGAUAGAUAGAUAGACUUAGACUUUAUUGAUCCCUGUAGAUAGAUAGAUAGAUAGAUAGAUAGAUAGAUAGAUAGAUAGAUAGAUAGAUAGAUAGAUAGAUAGAUAGAUAGAUCGAUAGACUUAGACUUUAUUGAUCCCUGUAGAUAGAUAGAUAGAUAGAUAGAUAGAUAGAUAGAUAGAUAGAUAGAUAGAUAGAUAGAUAGAUAGACUUAGACUUUAUUGAUCCCUUUGGGAUGACUCCCUUGAGGAAACUGGAUUUCCAGCAGCUUACAAAACACUUGUAUAGAAAAUAAAAGAGGUAUAAAAGAAUACAGUAUAAGAUAAACAAUAUAGAUAGAUAGAUAGAUAGGUAGAUAGAUAGAUAGAUAGAUAGAUAGAUAGAUAGAUAGAUAGAUAGAUAGAUAGAUAGAUAGAUACUUUAUUUAUCCAGAGGGAAAUUCAAGCAUCCGGUAGCAGCAUACACUAGAUACAUACAUGCGUUAAACAUACAUUACAAUUAAAAUUAACAUUCAAAUUAAAAUAAGAACAGUGCAAAUGGUGCGAAUGGAGGAGGAAAUUGUAAGCGCUGUAUGUACAGUCUGAUGACCAGGGGGACGAAAGAGUAGGAGGAAUUCUGCAAGAGUACAGACGUAGUAUUGAAGUACAAUAAGAGAUCACAAAAUAAGAAUAUUACAAACUACAAUCGAAGAGAUUGUUUAUACAGACUAUAAAUUAAAAGUAUAUACACAAUGUGCAAUAUGCAAGUAAAAAUGGUGCAAAUAUCUGAGCAUGUUUGACUAAAAACUAAACUGCACAUGUGCAACUUAAAUAUAAAAAGUUUGUGCAGAGUAAUGUACAUAUGUACAGGGAUAUAAAAAAGAAUAUAUAUAUGAAUAUGCUAGCAAGAUAUAUGAAGUAUGAACAGAUUAAAGUGAAUACACUAAGAUAUAUAUUAGUUAAUACAUUUAAAAAAACAAAAUAAUGAUUAAAAAGAUUCUUUAUUUUUGGCGUUUGGUAAAAGUGUAUGGAAUAUUUCUGAAAGCCUGGUAUUAUUAUUAUAUAUUAUUGAUUUAGGGUUUUUUUGUGUAUCUAGGUCAGACAACACAGAAUGAGAAAUAUAUAUAUUAAAAAAACUAUUUUAAACACCAAUAUAACAAAAAUGAAAGAAAUGUAGAAAGAAAGACAAAAAAAUAACAAUAAAUAAGUGAAUGCUUUGUACUUUGAAUCAAAUAGAGGUCUUCUGUUGGGGUUUUCUCUUUAUUGCAAAUCGUAAUUUUGGGGGAUUUUUAUGCUAAAAUUGGCUGCCAAAAUAUAAUGACAUUGUUGUCCUCUGUAGAAAGAAAAUACAAUUGAACAUGUGGUUUAUUUGGUGCCUUGAUGCAUCGAUUAUGAUGUGGUUUUUAUAAGCCAUUGUGCAGCCAACACAUUUUAUGAUGCAGCCAACAUUUUAAAAGACAAUUUGGACAUAUAAAAAAAAAAAAGCUGUUAAAAUUAAAUGUGGUUUUUUUUUUUCCCUCCAGGAUUUUUAUUGUCUCUAUUUCAUGUUUUUGUUGCUCCAUCCAACAUCUCCAUCUGAUCCUGCUUUAAGUGGCCUUAUUGAACCCCUCAGCACUGACGUGUCCGCCUGCACUUGAAGGCCGCAGCAGGUGUUUCCUAUAUGACUUAAUGAGCGGAGAUGUUGGGGCUUUUGUUGGUAGGACGAUAUGCGCACCUGAGAGUGAAGCGUUUCUACUUCUGUUUGUUUAUCGAAGAAUCGACUGUAAAGUUUCCCUCUGCUCGUCCGACGCUGGCUGACGUUCACCGGGUUUCUUUCCUCUGCGGCGUUUUAUUUCUGACAGGUUGAGCAAACACGAGAGAGGGAGAGAAAAUGGACGAUGGAAGCAAACAACCACACACAUUUGGCGGACAACAGAGAACUCAACAUCCCAGACCUUUUUUCUACGUGCAGCCACCGUCUCAGCCUUACUACCUCUACCAGCACUGGCAGAUGAACAACCCAUACAGUCAGUAUGGUUUUCCUGGAGGUUUUAACUUUGGCCGUCCCUGCAUGAACCCCUACCAGUACAUGCAGUACCCUGGGUUUGUUUUCCCACACGCCCCGAUAUAUCCAAUGGACCAUAGGCGAAUGUUUGAACCUCGGUUCCACGCUCCUCCUCCCUGGGGUGACGUGCCCCGCCAGCAGUAUCACCCGCAGCCUCACGGCCGGCGAGAAAUGGCCUGUUCAGAGGCUCAGACCGACCCCAGCGACGCCAUAACCAAGCUCAUCGAGUGCCUGGAUAAGAUUCGAGGUGGUGAGCUGCAGGGAGCCGAGAGAGAACUGGACUCUGGUGUCGCCUCACAGUCCUCGGGGAUGUUUUCUCCAGGAGAGGAUAAGAAAAGAGAGGAGCAGGGUCACGUCCUGCCCUCGGCGCAUGACAGCAGCCGUUUGGAGUCUCCGGCUGUGACCUUCAGUGACUCCACGACGGCGGUGUACGACGGCGAGUCCAGCCAAAGGAGCUUAGAUGGCCUGAGCCCUCAGGAAUGUUGGUCAGGAGGACUGGAAGAGGAGUUGCCUCUCGACACCUCCUCUGUUCACGAAGAGUGCUCUGAGCUUGAGCAGCCCGCAGCAGAUGAACGCUUCCUCGCUCUUGAAAAAGCGGAGGCCACGGAUAUCCAGUCAGAUACCUCGGUGACCGAUCCAAGCGUUCCCAAAUGCCAUACUGAAGAGCUCCAGAAGCAAAGAGGGGAUCCAACCCUGCCUUUAACCCCAUCAGUGCCAUCUUCCUUUACCGCCUGCCAGCCAGCGCUCCGAGACACCAAAAGUGGUGAAAAAGCCUCAAAACCAGAACAUCAGAAAGCCGAUCAAAACUACCAGAUCCUCAAGCUGCCCUUCGAGAGGGUUUUGACCCCUGGAGAUGCUGCAGUCGGCCACCUCUCUUCCCCCGCUGCGCCCUACUUCUACAACUACCCCGUCAUGCACACCACCCAUGAGCGGAUGAGCGUGCUCAGUCCGUCGCUGGACGAGCUUUCCUCCAGAGACGAGAUGUUCUCCACAGACCUGGACGAUACGGAUCUCUUCCCGAAACGCGUGUAUACAGGCAGGAGGCUUGCAGAAGUCGUAGGCGGGUCUCCGCAGGCUGCCGAAGAAGCAGAACCUGUGUGGCCACCUGGUUCAAAGAGGUUCAUGUGCGCCUGCUGUGGGAAAAGCCUCGCUAAAGGGGUGAGCAGGAGCAAAGUCCACACCUCCAAGAUGUACAGGGAUGAAGCCGGAGACUCCGAGGAGGAAAGCCGAUAUGGAAGAGGGUGUGAGCAGCCCGUCAGAGUGGUUGUGAGGAAGCACACUGCGCCCAGGAAGCCCCAUUCUGCCCCACUGAGACAUGCUGCAAAACCUUGGUAUAAAAGAGGCCAGUACAAAGAUCCAGUAGAGCCGGUCAACCAGGAGGAAGGUCAUGAUCUUUGUCAGCAGGAGCCAGCCGAUGGCGAGAUUGGAGAGUUGACUAGUAGUGAGCUGCAGUGCAGAACAUGCCAGGACAGACUCUGCAGAGAAGAUGUGACCACGUCCGACCAGGGCAGGUGGGGAGACGGUGACGUGAUUCCCAGGAGGAGACAAGCAACCCCUCUUCAACGACAAGAGAUGAGCACUCAGAGGAAAGUGAUGUACCACAGGCCAAGAGACGAGGACAAUGAUGACGAUGAGCCGCCACCAUUACACUGGGAGAGAGGCUCUACCGUGAGAGGAGAACCAAGAUGUUGAUGCCCCCGGAUUGACUUUCGAACAAAACGUGUUGAACUGUCCCCCCCAAAAGGUGUAUUUGUUCCAGGAUAAUGUAAUUUAAUAUUUAGAGCACCAGGUGAAAUGCACUGCACAGAAAGCCUCUUUAUGUUAGAUAAAAGUAAAAAAAAAAAAUGGUAAAAGGAAUGUAUAAAGUUUCUGCAGUGACACUGCCGU